AUGUCGACAUCCACGGAUAGUGACGACGUAGCGGACCCAACAUACGAAAUUAGGAAUAUUCGAAGUAUUAUAAACGUGACCCGUGAAAAUAUUGAUGCUUUGAACGCCAAAUUUGCUGGAUUUCAGCACCCGCCUCCACUGUAUUUAUCCGAGUAUCAGGAACUGACUUCAAAAUUGCAUAACUUGGAAGGGACUUUAAGAGAGUUAUUGCAAUCAGAAUCGCCGGAUAGGAGUGAAGAGUGUUCCUUGCAAGAUGACUCCAAGAAGUACGAUACUCUUACGCGUCAGCCAAAGGUGUUCCUUAGGGCUCACCUGCCUAACCAGCAGCGUACCAGUGUGCAGGUGAAAGAAGGGGUAACGCUUCGUGAUGCGCUCUCUAAGGCGCUGAAGCUUCGGAAUUUGACUUGUGAAAUGUGCGAAGUGGUUAGAACAGGAAAUAAUGAAGUGAUACCAUGGGAUGUAGACAUCACCCUGAUUGACGCGGAAGAGGUCACUGUCCGGACAUUAGACAAGCUACCCAUAAUGUCCCACAUAUCGCAUCAGUUUACUCGGAAGACAUUCUUCACAUUGGCAUUUUGUGAGUGCUGCCGUAGGUUGUUAUUCAACGGCUUCUACUGCUCACAGUGCAAUUUCAAGUUUCACCAGCGCUGUGCUGACAAAGUUCCUAGCAUAUGUCAUCAGAUGAGAGUUACGGACACUUACUAUGCUGCACUGUUGGCACAGAAUCCAGAGACGCAGGCGGGUAUCCUGCACUACCCCUCACACUUUGGGUACCAUCACAUGAUGAACAGGGGUGACCAGAACAAGUCUGUCUCCCCGGCUAAGAAGAUGAAGGACUUUGAUGUUCACUGGACACAGCAUCCGCGCUCCUUGAACCAGCAGGACCGCUCCAACUCUGCGCCUAACGUUUGCAUCAACAUGGUGCAGAGGCCGCUCACCUUGGCUGAUCACCACAAGAAGAAUAAUCAGACCAACAAUUCGCCUCAGUCGACGAAAUACCUCACGUCGGGCAGACACAGCAAGGACGACAGGGAUAAGGGUGGUGAGCAACACAGCCAGAGCACGCAGGCGUCGCCCACCGGCACGCUGCGGCCGCGGCGAGCGCGCGCCCGCUCGGCCGACGAGUCAUGGAAGCACGCGCUGUCGCCGCGCGAGAGCUACGACGACUGGGUCAUCCACGCCGACGAGAUCCUCAUCGGCCCGAGGAUAGGGUCGGGCAGCUUCGGGACGGUGUACAAGGCGCACUGGCACGGGCCCGUGGCCGUGAAGACCCUCAACGUGAAGACGCCCACGCCCGCUCAGCUGCAGGCCUUCAAGAACGAGGUGGCUGUGCUGCGCAAGACCCGGCACUGCAACAUCCUGCUGUUCAUGGGCUGCGUGUCGAAGCCGUCGCUGGCGAUCGUGACGCAGUGGUGCGAGGGCUCCUCGCUCUACCAGCACCUGCACGUGCUCGAGACGCCGCUGCCGAUGCUCUACCUCAUCGACGUGGCCCGCCAGACGGCGCAGGGCAUGGACUACCUGCACGCGAAGAACAUCAUACACAGGGAUCUGAAAUCGAACAACAUAUUCCUGAGGGACGACUGGUCCGUGAAGAUCGGAGACUUUGGCCUGGCCACGGCGAAGGUUCGAUGGUCUGAGUCAUCGCUGGCGGGCGGCGUGCAGUGGCAGCAGCCGACCGGCUCGAUCCUGUGGAUGGCGCCCGAGGUGAUCCGCAUGGAGGAGCCGGUGCCGUACACCUUCCGCUCGGACGUGUACGCCUACGGGGUGGUGCUCUACGAGCUGAUGGCCGGCGAGCUGCCCUACUCGCACCUCAACAACAAGGACCAGAUCCUGUGGAUGGUGGGGCGCGGGCUGCUGCGGCCGGAGGCGAGGCGGCUGCGCGCCGACGCCCCUCAAGCGCUGAAGCGGCUGCUCGAGGACUGCAUCAAGUUCGACCGCGAGCAGCGGCCGCUGUUCCGCCAGAUCCUGGCGUCGCUCGAGUGCAUGCUGCGCGCGCUGCCCAAGAUCACGCGCAGCGCCUCCGAGCCGAGCGUGAGCCGGCAGCUGCACGCCUCCGACGACUACCUCAGCUACAGCUGCGCCUCGCCCAAGACGCCGGUCAACUUCCAGUUCAACGCGGACACCAGCUUCCCCGCCUUCUACGGAAUCCCAGUGCCGAACCAGCGGCACCCC